UUCAGUUAUAUCGGCUGCGCUACUACGGAAAGGUCAUAAUUGUUUUACCCGGGUACUUUGAUCUCAAUUGGAGAAUACCUGGCAGUACUUGUUCUCUUUGUCUAAGCCUUGUUCGUAGUUUUUAUCACGUGCUUCGGCGAGCGAAAGGCUGAAGGGUUUUUGCAAACUAUCUGUUAUCUAUUGGUCAGAGUAUCAGAGUAGUAGAUAAGAGUCAGCCUCGCCCAAUUUUCCCCCGCCCCACAGCGAUUAUCGGCGUGCUACGUACUACGAGUCAUAUGGUCUCUGUGAAGGAUGAGUCCGUCACUUCUCGAGAACGAGGACGGGUUGAGAACCGUCUCUCUGACCACAUGUCACUCUCCAAUUAAGAACAAUAGUCGUGGGGGAUGGAUUGUCCAGAAAUUUGGCGGGACCAGCGUCGGCAAGCUUCCAUUCAACAUCGCCGAAGACAUUAUACGGGCAAAUCUGAAAGGCAACCGCGUUGCUGUCGUAUGUUCUGCUCGGAGCACAGGAAAAAAGGUCGAGGGCACCACAAGUCGCCUCCUAGAAGUGUACAGCGUUCUUGAAUCGGUCGCCACUGUUAAAGACACAGAAUCAGUUCAUUACGACAGUCUUGUCCAGGAAUAUAAACGGCUCGUUCAAAUCAUCCAAAACGACCAUGUGCAUGCGGCCGAGACAAGCAUCCGGGAUCUUAAGAUCAGGAAUGCGCUCUCCACAGAGAUCAUAAGCGAAUGCAAGGAAAUACUCGACUACAGGCUUGCUGCGCAGAGAUGGCACUUGGAGAUUGACUCGAGGUCGAAAGACAGGAUUGUCAGCUACGGCGAGAAAUUGAGUUGCCGAUUCAUGACGGCUCUACUGCGUGACAGAGGCGUUGACGCCGAAUAUGUCGAUUUAUCAGAUGUCAUCAAUUUCAAGUCGCCUGGAGGGAUUAACCAGGAAUUCUACGAUUCGCUGGCGGAGGCUCUCACGGCGCGAGUACUAGCAUGCGAAGACAGAGUCCCAGUCCUGACGGGGUUCUUCGGCACCGUGCCUGGUGGACUUAUGGACGGCGAAAUCGGCAGAGGCUAUACCGAUCUCUGCGCAGCAUUGGUGGCUGUGGGGCUGAAGGCGGAAGAGCUUCAGGUGUGGAAAGAAGUCGACGGCAUCUUCACCGCCGACCCCAAUAAGGUGCCCACCGCGCGGCUGCUCACCACAAUUACGCCUGCAGAAGCUGCAGAGUUGACAUUCUACGGAUCCGAGGUUAUCCAUCACCUUACUAUGGACCAAGUUAUCCACGCUCAGCCACCCAUCAGAAUCCGCAUAAAGAAUGUCAAGAACCCAAGAGGAAAUGGCACAAUCGUCCUCCCAGACCCCGUACUGGCGCCGGGUCAGCAGCUCAUCCGCACAAGAAGUGUGAGCAUUCCAGGCGCCAGGAAGACGCCAAAGAGGCCUACGGCUGUUACUAUCAAGAACCAAAUCGCUGUUAUCAACGUACACUCGAAUAAGCGAUCUAUCUCUCAUGGAUUCUUUGCAAAGGUCUUCUCCAUACUGGACAAGCUACGACUUUCCGUCGAUCUCAUCUCAACGAGUGAGGUUCAUGUCUCUAUGGCUGUUCACUCGGUUUCCGAGGACGAUUUACUGAGGGCGAGGAGAGCAUUGGAGGACUGUGGUGAGGUCAGUAUUUUGACCAAGAUGGCGAUUCUGAGUCUUGUCGGAGCCGAGAUGAAGAAUAUGAUCGGUGUAGCCGGGCGUAUGUUCUCUACCCUGGGAGAGAACAACGUGAAUAUCGAAAUGAUAUCGCAAGGAGCUAGCGAGAUAAAUAUAUCCUGUGUGGUCGAGGCGUUCGAAGCAAAUCGCGCGAUGAACAUCCUGCACACAAACCUUUUUACAUUUUUAGAAUAAGUCCUUGAUUUGGUAUGGGGAAUGCAUGCAAUCUGAGGACAGGGCGUUGAAGGGCUGGGAGUAUCGUUUUGUUACAUAGUAGUGUAUCUCUAAGAGGGAGCGAUUGUGGAGAACUCCUGCCAAAUCCAUUGGUAAUGCUCGACGUACUGUAUUCGUACGAGCAUUUACAUUUAGCGAGCAAGUUAUCUAAAGAAUUUAAAGUCGGUAGAUCA